AUGGAUGAUAGUAUGGAUGAUGGAAGUGAAUAUGGGGAUGUUCAUCACACAGUUAUUGAUCUUGGCGAUGAUGAUGAUGACGACCAACUUUAUGAUGAAUAUAUGUCUCCCAUCAACACAAACGAGACAUUGGACGAAGGAAGUGAAUAUGAUGAUGAGCAUGACAUUGUUAGUGAAGAUGGGUUCGGGGACCGUGAUGGUGAUCAAUUUAUGUCUCCCAUCAACACAAUCGAGACAUUACAGACAGUUGUUGGUAGUAAUGACGUGAGUGUAGUGAAUUUUGUUGAACCUCCUAGGGUUGGAAUGAUUUUUAGGAGGUGGCAAGAUAUCGAGGAUUAUUAUAAAGAAUAUGCAGAGCAGCAGGGAUUUGGGGUGACUAGGGCACAAGGUGUGUAUUCAAAAGGUGAAGUGAGAGACCGUAUUACAACUACAUGGAGGUGUGAAUGCUGGGGCAGACCAGACAUGAGAGCAAUAAGGGAUGCCAAGAAGAGGGCAAAGGUUAUGGAUGUAUCUGGUUCAGGUGGAGUAGUUGGGGGUGUCGUGUGUGUGGAUGAGUUAAAAAAAUGUAAGCGAAAGUCCAAAAAGUGUGAGUGUCCAGCAAAGGUAUAUGCUGGUCUUAAUCGUGAUGGGGAGUGGGAGAUAAGGAAGGUGCAUUUGGAACACACGCACAACCCUACACCACGUAAGGCAAAGCUUGUUAAGGAGUAUAGAGUAAAGGGCAUAACAUCGAGGGUUAAGAGGAGGUUGAUAGAUUUUUUCGAAGAAGGUGUGCCCAUUUCACAAAUUCAUGGGUGCUUUGCGACUGAAGUGAAAGGGCUAGAUAACCUCCAAUUUACUGUGAAAGACUUGUCGCAUGUGGUAUACAAGGCAAGAAGGUUGAAAAUGGUUGGGGGUGAUGCAUCAACAUUGAUGAGUUACUUUAGAAAAAUGCAAGAAGGCAACAAUAAUUUUUUUCAUUCUGAACGCUUAGACCCAGACGGCCGGUUGAAAGAUGUUAUUUGGGUUGAUGGGCGUAGUCGGGCCGCAUAUGAAGAAUUUGGUGAUGUUGUAUGCUUCGAUGCUACUUAUUUGACAAAUUCGUAUGAGUUACCAUUUGUUAAUUUUGUGGGCGUAAACCACCAUGGACAAACUAUACUGUUGGGAUGUGCAUUAGUUUCCCACGAGGAUUGUGAUACAUUUAGAUGGAUAUUUGAACAGUGGUUGUUAUGUAUGAACAAUUAA